UUUUUGCUGCUUAUACAGAUAUAGCAUUAAUAUGUAUGGUUGAAUACCGGUAACUGAAUAAGUAUAUAAUUUAAUUUUGGGGAUAGUAUUGGUUCACAACAGCUUGCCAGUCAUGCCAUUGUUUGGCAGACAUAUUUUCAAUGGUCCAGUUGAAAAUGUGGAAUUGGACACUGCAGCAGAAACCUAUACAAUUCCACAUACAGGAGAAUUCUUCACAUCCAAAGAACAAUAUGAUGACAGAGUUCAGUUAUAUAACAGGAAACUAUGGACUUGUCAAUGCACUGGGCAUAUCAAUCUCACUCAUAAAGAGGCUUUAGAAUCCGAAAAAAGCACAAGAGAAAUGUUGUCAAAGUCAUUUUCUGAUAUCUACGAAGAGGACGUCCUGCGAAUAACUCAUCAUUCAUCUGAUGUUCUUGAUAAAAUUGUCAAUAAAUCUUACAAAUUGCUUCGAUCUCAAUUGUUCGUCAAUGAAACAGUUGUAUUUGAAGCCAUGGCUGGAAAGAAACAUGAGGCAAAAGUGGUCAAAGUAUACGAGGAUGUUUCAAAUACAGCUGGUACUGGUUCACCUUCUAGUGAUAAGGAAAACAAUUCAUCCAAACAGUCUCUCAUAACAGAUAUGUUUAAUAAAACAGAAAAGUCGCCAGACCACAGUCAAAAAUUAAUGGAAUCAUCAUCGGAAGAUUCAUCGAGUCAAUCUCUAGAAAUGAACCGAAUGAAAUAUGAUAUUUUGUUGAUAAACGAAAACAAGAUUGUUCGUGGAGUUCCAACGAAAACAUUACGGAGCAUCACCAAACGUCCGACAAGACUUUGUCUCAAACUUUUUAUUCGAUCUAAUGCUAUUGGACAUGAAUACAAAAAACAAAAAAUUUGGAUCGUUAACAAAGCAAUGGUCGAAAAGUACAAUCUCAGUGGAAGAUUAACUGCAGAAGAAGAAAAGAAGUUUAUAAAUGCAACAACAUAUUCUGUUGAAUCUUGUGAUUCAAUUGACUAUCAACACCAACCACUUACAAAUGGAGUUUCUCAUACCGAAUCAUCUUUCGAUGAAAAACCAACCAUGCACCAUAAAAAUUUAAAUUCACCAGAAAACAGUGGAGAUAAUCCGAAUUCAUCGAGUCGAAUUGUUAAAGUGGCCCCAAUUUUUAAAGUUAAAUUUCGGGAUUCUCCUCAUAUAGUAAAAACAAAUGGAUUGGAAUAUAUUUCAUCAACUCCACCUAAAUCUGAGAGUAAAAAACAAAGUACACAUAAAGAAAAAGGAGGGAGUAAGCGAAAACAAAAAGAUAGCGAAAAGACUACAACAAAAAAGAUUAAAAAAUUAUCUUCAAAGGAUAUUGACAUGUCAGAUGAAGACGAUAAUAAGCCUUUAUCCUUGUUAAAAGCGGCAACGGCGAGCAAAGCAUCGUCUCGUAAAAAUACAAGUCCAAAAAAGAAAAGACAAGCAACUUUACUUGAACUUACUAGGAAAAAAGGUGGCACAAUGUUGAUGACGUCAAAGAAAUCGCAUGCACUCGGAAGCUCUCCUGCCAAAAAGCGAGCUCCGAGACAACCUCCCAUUGUUUACAUGUUGCUGCGACUAAAGAGAGCGAAGACAUCUCCAUUAGCCAAAUACAGAAAACUUGUAAUAAAUGCCGCGAAAAUGCUAACGGAGAAGCAGAGACAGAAUCUUCCUGAACUCGUCAAGCAAGAUAUUUUAUCGAAAUGGGAAAUGUUGGAAUGGAAAAAGAAGUGGGACAGCAUGACGAUUGAAGAAAGAAAACAAUUUCGAGCAGCUGAGAGAGAGGAAAAGAAUAAAAAAUUUGAAGAUAUGGAUAUUGUUGAAAAAGGAAAAGCCGAGCCGCUACCAAUGUUUGAACCUGCCGUGAUACCAGGAAAUUUACCCAACACCAUGUUUGGGGAUAUUGCAUUGGUGACAGAGUUUCUUAAUUCCUACAAAUCAAUUCUUUUUGCUUCUUCUCGAGAAGUCAAGCUAUCAAAUCAUUGGGCCUUAGCAGAAGCUCUAUCUGCUGGAAAGAAAGGAUACGACUCGAUCAGCCACAUCAUGAUACACAUUCUUUAUGUAUUACUGUCAGAUGAUAUUGCUAGAGAUUACAAGGAACUUGAUUUCAAUAUCAACAAGGUUCCCAUCACUGCAGAAGUAUGUUCAGAACUUGCCAGAAUAUGUUUACGGCAACUUGACGAUGAUUUAGAAGAAGGUAAUGAAGUUGAAGACGACUCAGCUAAAAUUACUGGCACUGGAAUCAGUGAAGAGGUAUUUUCAAGAUUGCUCGAAAAUGAAAUGUAUGAACUUGAACCAUCUGAUCAGCUUGAAGUUCUAUGUGCUCUCACUUAUCGAUUUUUGAAUACAUACACCGCUCAAAAUUACCGAGAUGAAGCUAAGGACAAACUUCGCAAUGCUUGGAAAAAAUUAAACAAAAUGAGAUGCGAAAACAAACAAUUGAGAAAAGAGAAAAAGAAACAGAAAAUGGAGGAAGAGAGCUCACGUACAGAUGCUGUAACUCCAGAGAAGGUAACACUUGAAUCGGAAAAUAGUAAAAGCGGAAAUAGUCAAGAUUUGAUUAGCAGGGUGAAGCGAAGAAGGAUAGAGGCUGCAGAAAGGAGAGAACAAGAAGAAAAGGAGAGAAUUAAAUGGGAAGAAGAAAGACAAAGAUUAUUUGAAGAACAAGAAAAAGAAGCAGAACAUAACAAGGUGCACAAACAACUUCGUGAUGCUGAAAUUGCGGCCACAAAAUCAUCUCGUCUUGAUCCUCUCGGAACAGAUAGGAAUCAUAAUAGAUACUGGUUGUUUUCUGACAAUACUCCAGGUUUGUAUGUUGAGAAAGGAUGGAUUCAAGAUUACAUCCACUAUUGCACAAAAGCGAAAGAUAUAAAAGAUGAUGAAAUGGACAUUACAAAUGAUUCAGGACCUAGUGAAACAUCUAUUCCUCAUGUUGGUCAAAACCUUUGGUUUGUCGUGGAUACCAAAGAAAAACUCGAUGAGCUGAUUAAAAGUCUCUGUUCAGAGGGAAUUCGAGAACAUCAGCUGAAGAAAUCAUUGGAGAAGAAAUACAACCAUAUUAUUAGAUCUAUCGCAAAAUACGAAGAAAACUUACCCAAACCACCAGUUGUGGAAGAAAAAGAAAUAACACCAACUGUAGUCACCAGAAAAUCGUUAACUGUCAAAGAUGCAGAAGAAGAUUGUAAAAAGUCUCUACAAAAGCGUUUGAACACAAUAAUCAAUGAUUUAACUAGAGGAGGAUUAUCUAAUAUUGAGGAGGAAUCAGACAUAUUCAUUGCUCGUGUUGAAAGUGCUCAAGAUAUAUCUGAAUUCAGUACAUUGAUGAUUGAUAUUUUCAAUGCUAUUGACAUGAGGUAUUUCCGUGAAUAUAUGAGCGGUAUCACAACCAAGAAAAAUCAGUCAAGAGAAGAAUUAUUGCCUUAUGAAGAAAAAGAAAAAUUUGAAAAUCCAAAGAAAAUUGCAAAAGCAGACUUACGAAGGGAAAAAUGGAUGAAAGCGGUUCAAGGGGCUUCCCAAUAUUCCAGAUUAUCUUUUCUUUUGACCAUUCUACAUUCCAGUGUGAUGUGGGAAAUGUACAAAUAUGUCAGACCAAAAUCAUCAAGAUCAUCUUCUCGCAUAAAAAAUUAUGCGGAAAUGGUUCAAGAAUCUCAAGAAGAAGAAGAGGAUGAGGAGGAAGAUGAAGAAGAAGAGGAGGAAGAAGUAAUCAAGAGCAGCAGUAGAUCCAGAAGAUAUUUGAAACGAAACAAGACGGAAGACUCAAGUGAAGAUGAAGGAACGGGAACUCGUAGAUCCAAAAGAAAUAUCGGUAAACGUAAGAGAAGUCAAGACUCGAGUGAAGAAGAGGAAGAAGAAGAAACAGUUGUCGCUACUCGACGCUCAAGGAGAAAAGUACAGCGUAAAAAGAUUGAGGAAUCGAGUGAUGAUGAUGAUGAUGAUGAUGAUGAUGAGGAAGAAGAAGAGGAUUCUGAAUCUCAAGAAGAGGAGAAUGAUGAAGAAGAGGAGAGUGAAGUUGAGGAGGAAGAAGGAAGCUUAGAUGAAGCGAGUGAAGGAGAGGAAGAUGACAACGAAGAUCUUGAGAAAUGUUCAGCAGUGAUCAAUCGUCUUCUACAAUACAAAUGCUCUAAUUUAUUCAAAUAUCGAGUAGAAGAAGAAGAUGUUCCAGAUUAUUACGAAAUUGUAGAGAAUCCAAUUAGUAUAACAGAUAUUAAAGACAAAAUUGAGAAAGCCAAUGGAAGUGCCGAAAGACCGAGUAACUCUCGAACACGAAGCGCGACCCGACCAGUUGUGCCACAAACAUAUACACCUGACCAACUUCUGGAUGACGUCAUGCUUUUAUUGGAUAAUGCGGAAAUGUACAACGGAAAAGAUUCGUUUGUGUGGAAACAAGCCACAAAAUUAAGAUCCGCUUUUUGCCGCUGUUUUCUUGAUAAUUUCCGUCAUUCCGUAAGAUUAACAAAAAGGCUGAAAAUAUUUGCAAACCCAAAUGAUAAUUAAAAGCAAUUUUCAAUUUGUAAAUCCUAAUCUGAAGAACAGUUAUUAGUUGAUUAGACUAAUUGCAUUACCGGUAUGUUUGAUAUCAAAUAUUUGUGUCAAUAUAAUAUCGAAGGCGACAUAAAGCCGAGUAACGUAACAGACAACUCACGCAAUUCUCACUCAGUUCAUAUAUUUUGCUCAAGCAAUCUAUCAUGUGAAAAUAGUUUUUUGGUCUACUCAAUUUAAUACUGCCUUGGAUCUAGGGCUAGAAUACAUAUUCUGAGUCAUUUGAAAAAUAACUUCGAUUCUUGACUCCAGGUUGGAGAAAAUUUUGAGUUCAACGUCAACUCUGAACUUAAAAAAAAAAAUUUAAUAACAAAAAAUUUGGAAUAUGUUAGCCUCUUUUAAUUGCUUUCCGGAAAUGCUUGAGAAACUUGAUGCUUAAGAGUUUUUGUUGAAAAAUUUAAAUUCGGUUAACACCAUUAAAAGUCUGUAAUUUUGAUUUUGUAGAAUUCAAGGUUUUUGGGAGUUCGAAAUAUGUCACCAACUCCAUUGUCAAUAAAAAAACAUGCCAAAGUCUGACUCCACAUCUCUGCUUGGACCACUUUUAAGAUUAUCAUGACCGUAUAAUUAAUUGACUUUCGGUACAUUGUUUUCGGGUAACAAAAUUUGCCCUAAUCAUUCUUUUCGCUUAGCAUGGGUAUCUAAAGUUUGCUAACCUCGUGGGUUCCUGUCAUUUCAACUCUCCUCAAAUUUCAGUGUUUUUAAAUCGUUAUAUUGUUGGUUGAGCCAGUUUAAUAAUUUUACAAUUAAUAUCUUUCCAAUGUUAUUUUACCUUUUUAUUUUGUACUUUAUAUUUAGGAUAUGACUUACAAGAAGUCUGUGUGAUAAUAGUCAUUUGCUAUGAGGAAAUAAUACCUUUGACAGCCAUUGAGUUGCUAGUUUUCUCUGCUAUAUAAUUUAGUUAUAUGUACAUCAAGCAACUUAUAGCGAUAAGGGUAGCCAAUGGUUCCUAAUCGUUUAAUAAUUUGCAUGAAAGUUGUGAACCUGCUUUAAUAAACCAGCCCCCUUUAACAAAUGGACCCAGAAACUGCCUGAGUGGUAGCGUGGUUUAUAGCUAGAUGGUUUUGUUUUACUACAAGGUUCAUUUAUUCCAAAUCUUUCUGUAGAGUCAUCAAGUAUCACCUUGUAAUAUUGUGAUUAUGUACUGCCAAUUUUCUCAUUUUGAUUUAAAUAUUUUCAUGCCCUCUGUGAUUAUUCAGGUCUGUUAUUGCCACAGUCUGUCCAUUUUAGGACUGAUUUAGUAUACCUAGUACAAAACACGUCCAUAUCUAAUUGAUGCGGUAUUGUGCGAUUCCUAUUUUCAGUGAUGGUUAUCCAAUUUAUAUUGAAGUAUGCAAACUACCAUUUUGUGUAUUACUCAAUUUUGUCACGCAUUCGAUCAAUUUAAUUUUCUUCAGAAUACUUUCAACAGCCUGUGGGCACUAUUCGCUUAGAUUUGAUUUAUUGAAAGAUUUGCAUCUCCUAAAAACUUUUUUUUUUUGAUUUGCAUAUUGAGAUCUAUAAGGCUCAAAUAGGUAGUGGGAUUUCUAUUUUUGUUAAACUAGACCUUCAAGUUGGUUGGACCUUGAGUCAAUGACUCCAGCCUCUCAGCAAUGGUCAUAGGUAAAAUUAUGUCAUUAAGUAAUGAUUUUUUGUGUUGCAUUUCUAGUGUGAUACGUAGAUUGUGUCAUUUUCAAAAAAUCAAUUGUUAUAUGAUGUUCCUACAGAUACAAUUUUGUACAAUGCGAGUUCAUUUAAAUACACCAAUGUAGCACAA